AUCAACAGGCUGGUCCUGUACUGCGGGAGCCGGCUGGGCAAAUACUACGUCAAGGAGAGGUCCAAGGCGAUGGUGGCUUGCUAUCCAGGAAAUGGAACCGGUUAUGUUCGCCAUGUGGACAACCCCAACGGUGACGGCCGCUGUAUCACCUGCAUCUACUAUCUGAACAAGAAUUGGGACGCCAAGCUACAUGGCGGAAUCCUGCGGAUAUUCCCAGAAGGGAAAUCAUUCAUAGCAGACGUGGAGCCCAUUUUUGACAGACUCCUGUUCUGGUCAGAUCGUAGGAACCCACAUGAAGUCCAGCCUUCCUAUGCGACCAGAUACGCGAUGACGGUUUGGUACUUUGAUGCCGCAGAAAGGGCAGAAGCCAAAAAGAAAUUCAGGAAUUUAACUAGGAAAACAGAAUCUGCCCUCACCAAAGACUGACCAUGCCCGACCUUCGCUGGCCUCCUUCAUUUUAGUAACAGUUCCUGAAUUUGCUUUAACAGUCGAGAUCCAAAGAUGACCUCUUGAGUGAUGACAAAUACCCGCCUCCUGCUUGCAGUGUUCACAUCCCUGUCUUAAGUGGUUCUUCGUGUUUUGUUUUGUUUUUCCAAGACGGCAUUGACCUUCAGAUGCUCUCUUUGCCAGAUGAACUCAGGUGCUAACUCCAGAAAUUCCUGCAGAUAUCCUAAUUGGCCAGCUGUUUAACUGAUAGAUGUGGUAAUACCAGCAAUCACGAGAAGAGCCUAGGAGCACAGGCAAGGGGAUGAAUCUUACUUGCACUUUAUGUGUACUUCCUGCUUUGAAAGGAGGAGGUUUGCAGAG